AUGACAUUUGUGGCCCUAAAGAGGGCCGUUGGCGGACUUCUUGGGCAGGAGGACAGCCUGGAUGUUGGGCAGAACUCCUCCCUGAGCAAUGGUCACACCGGAAAGCAGCUUGUUGAGCUCCUCGUCGUUGCGAACGGCGAGCUGGAGAUGGCGAGGGUUGAUUCUGCUCUUCUUGUUGUCACGGGCAGCGGGGGAACGGUCAAGAGGUACCCGUAUGAUGUGCCGCCGCGUAUCAAGGAGGCUAAUGAGCGUCGUUAA